GUUCAUAAAUUGAUUUACAAAAACUCCUUGCAUCAGAACGUACGACCUUCUUCGUCCUCACGAAAUAUCUUCAACUGCGGAUCUGUAGUGGUGGUCAAAAUGCAGAAUUUAUGCAGAACCAAACCGAUUUAUUAUAGUGACUAUUCAGACACAGCCUUUGGCUGAGACUUUUAUAAACUUUGAGUAAAAACGUGUUGGUAGAGUCGGGUCUCUCGUUCAUUUUUCAACUUGGUGGGCACCUUGUCCCCAGGCCGUUAGACCCUUGAGUUCAGAGGUAUUUCUUGCUGUUAUUCGAUGAUUCAAAAGGAAUCAAGGAAAGGAAACCGAUGCGAAAAGAUCAUGGAAGGAAUCCUAAGCAACCCCCUCAUGAAGUCAUUCAUAGCAGGGUCUUUCAGUGGCACUUGCUCUACUAUUCUUUUUCAACCACUAGAUCUGGUGAAAACAAAGCUACAGGCACCAGUUUCAAUCGGCGCCUCUCCUCUGGGAAUAGUCACAACAGUUACCAAUGUUGUCCGAAAUGAAAAGAUUCUGGGACUGUGGCGUGGAAUGGCCCCAUCCAUUUCCCGCACAGUUCCCGGAGUGGGCAUGUACUUCUGCUCCCUACAUUGGCUAAAAACAAACUUUGGGAGUUCAGAUCCCCAUGCAUUGGAAUCCAUGUUUCUUGGCGCAUUGGCCAGAUCAUUGUCAGGUGUUUCCAUGCUCCCUGUGACUGUUGUCAAGACUAGGUUUGAGAGUGGUUACUUCCAAUACAGAAGUGUUCUGCAUGCUCUUUCUGAUAUUUACCGAUCCGAAGGUGCUAAAGGUUUAUACAGUGGGCUUGCAGCAACACUCCUGCGGGAUGCUCCUUUCUCUGGACUCUACCUCAUGUUUUAUACUCAGCUCAAAAAAGCCACCAAAAAUAAUGGCUAUCUUCAGCCUAGCAAUCCUUUUGUGCAUUUCUCGUGUGGUUGCGUGGCAGGUUCACUGGCAUCCAUCGUGACACAGCCAGCAGAUGUGAUCAAGACGCACAUGCAGCUUUAUCCAGGCAAAUACAAGAACGCACGAACAGUCAUCAUCCAUAUUUAUGGGAAAGAAGGUGCUGUUGGUUUUCUGCGGGGAAUCAUUCCAAGAUGUGUGAGAAGAACUCUCAUGGCUGCCAUGGCAUGGACAGUGUAUGAACAGAUAAUGACAGGUGUUGGUCUAAAAUGAUCCUCCUUUGCCGCUCGACAGUCGGUAGGAAUUGAAACGGCUGGCAGAAUAAUACAUCAAUGCUGAAAUCCGGUGGAUCAGUGUCGGUGCACUUUGUGGAGGCACAUUCUUACCAAGGCAAUGAAUUCAAAAACACUUGACCAUUAUGAAGUCAUUCAAACGAGGUUAAGAGUGAAAAUCCUGUGGAUUGACGUCGAUGCAUUCAGUGAAGGCACCUCGCUCAAAUUCAAUCGGAGACACUUUGACGAUCCCAAAGUCUUUUCAUGAAAAGUUUUGAUUGAAACUUGACUGAUGCCUGUUGGUAGAGCUGCAUGGUCACGGCUGCCGCAACGUUGUCAGUGUAAAAUGCGUAAUUUUUGUAUUGCGUAACAAAAAUAAACAGUGGGAAAUGUUACAGCACGGAUUGGGGUUAGGGUAGAUAGUGGCUAGCCCGAGUUGAGUAAAUGAACAUGGAGGUGGGUUCGCAUUGGUUUCUUGUAGAAAGAUAAUAAUUUUUGGAUAUUUGCAGCGUGUUGAAAUUAUCACUGCAAGAUUUUUAUGAAGUUCUAUUGUAUUUUUGCCUUCCAAUAUUGAUGAUUCAAUCUGAUCUUAUUGUUAAAUUGCCUUCGCUGACAAAUAGUUGAACUAAUAUGAUUCUUUGAAAUUUGACGCUUUUGAUCUGGUUAAUAUUUAGUGCUUUUGGGAUUUAAAGAAAAAAAAGGUGGUCGUUUUUGGUUCAGAACAGCAUCCUUUUAUUUGUGCGAAAGGAAGACUUGAGGACUUCGAUGUUUUUACACAUGAAGUGAAAAAUUAUGAUUAAGAAACAAUAUCUUUUGAAUCGCCUGGGAUCUUAAAAUUUGGGCAGAAUACUCGGCAUUGCUCAUCGUUGCCCUCUGUUAAUGAAAUCAAUGUCACCACCAUGAUCUCUACUUUGACCCUUUCUGUGAAAGCAUUUUCGAUUUCAGUUGAUAGAGGACAGUCUGGUGAUCAAAAUGGUACCAAGAACUCUCUUUUGCUAGAAGUGUUGGUUACCGAUCACCAAUAAGAUCUCUACUUUGACCCCCUUCUGUGAAGGAAAUAUAUCGUUGUUGCCUUUUAUUGUAAAAGCUACUCGGGUGUUGACGGUCUGAAAGCUGUCCCGGUAUAGCUUUAGGCCCAUUGUAUGGCUUCUUGUGCUAUCAAGUUAUAUUUUGUACUGCCUGUAUGCUUUAGACAAUAAUAUGUGGCCAGGGUCUAACUUCAUCAUCAUUCUUACUUGGUCAUCAUAUUCCAGAUUGGGAUUCUGCCUUAUACAUCCAUUGUGUGUGCUUUUCACAUAGAAAAUUAGCUACUGUAAACACUAAAAACAGGUCUCCAAUCAAACACAAUUUUAUUCCGUGCUUCUCUUCUAUCACUAUCGUGUUGACUACUUUUACAGUUAUUCAUGCUAGAGAAGGGGUGAUGGCUAAUACAUGAAGGGUGCGUGCAAACUGGUAACCUACAUUUCAAAAUUAUCACAUUCUUGUUCGCAGUGAAAUUGUUGUUUAUGGCCAAUUGCUUUUGAAGGCAUUCUUAAUAUAAACAAGACUAGUACUUCGUACAGCAAUGCUUUUGAUAUCAAUCCAUAGAGAGCAGUCUGGUGAACAAAAUGGUGCAAAUAAAUUUUGCUGUAAGUGUUAGUUACCAGUUUCUUGCACACAUCUCUUCAAUGUCAUGAUAUGUUUUAAUGACCUGUUACCCCUUUUGUUUCACAAAGUUAAUUGCGAAUGUGAUGAGCAUGAUUAGUCAGUCCAACACACACAAGAAAAAACAUUGUGUUCAAUUGGAGAUCGUCGUAAAGUUGUGCCUUCUUGGGGGCAACACUGAUUUGUUCUCGUCUGGACCAAUCUCUGCCACAGGGGGCGCUGCAGUUGCUAUUUGGUUUUUUUAUAGGCGGCAACCCCUGUCGAUAAUCCUGCAGAAACGUGACGUUUGACGUCAUAGCUUGUCAAACAAGUGUUUUGCAUCAUCAUGGGCAGAGGUCCGUGGAGCGACCAUCUACGUCAGAAUAUUGUGACGGAGAGUGCGUCUGCCCCUUACAUAGUCACACAAUAUUGGUCAGUUAAUAUUGAGGCGGGUCUGUCUGAAAAACUUUAGGAUGACUCUUAAAAAAUUUAUUCUAAGCGUUGGACUAGAAGCAAUCCUCUAAUGUUACAAAAUCUAGCACAGAUUACACUAAAUCAGGAAGUCUGCUAGAACAUGGCUUCGGGGAGGAGAAAUUAGGGUAGUAAAUGAUGAAGUUGUUUUUUAGUGUUGAGACUAGUCCUCACCAGGGGAUUUCUGUAAAUACAUGUUUGUGUACAUUAGUUUGUGUGGAUGUCAAAUACAGGUUGUGUGUCUGAAAUGGAGCACUGAAGUGAAAGCUGCUAUUAACAUGGGAAGAGACAACAAGAAGUGUGCACACUGAAAAAACUGAGGCAUUUACGUUAAUUUCCAAUACAGUUCACAUUGAACCUUUUUUGGUAAGGACCGCAGUUUCUGGUCUCAGCGUGCAUUGACAUUUCUUAUGGAUCUCAUUUGACUCUGUGGUUUUUUUUACUACUCCGGACCAAAGCAGAUGAUUCCUGGUUGAAUUUUCUGUUCUGAACUGGAAACACAGAGUUUCUUUUGUAUUUUAUUUGUAGGGUUCCUGUGUGAGUUUUUGGUGUGUUUAGACUGUGUUGUCUCUUCCCAAGUUUCAUGCUAUAGAAAACAGCAGUGUUACUUGUGGCAGCUUCGGCUUGUAUAUAUUAGACUUUGUAAGUAAUAACUGUGUGAUGAGGUCAUUCACUAACUGUUGAAGGCUUUCUAGAUAAUUGCAUUUAUUUACCUCAGCAGUGUCUCCAAUAUCGAUUUGUCAAAUCUGUGGUAUUAGUGUGCAUAUAUAAUUAACUAGUGCCAUUUAGCUUAGGCAGGAAUAUUGGGAGUGUGUCGAAACAUGAAACCUGUUAAGUGCAGGAUUCUUGUGGCGUGCUAUAUUAUACGGCUGUAUUGUGCGGAUGGACCCCUGUUAAAAGUAACACGUCUGCCCAAAAUGAUAUCCUAGAACUUCACUAAAUAUAUUGAAAGGAGUUUCUCCUUCCUUCUUGGUGUUGCUAUACUGAGGUUACUCGAGUAUUGUACCUUUUGUCUCGCCUCUUACAAAUUGUAACAUUGCCAACCAACCUUUCGCACAUAGUCUUAGCAUAGUAGGCAUAUUGACAAUCAUUUGUUGGUUUUCUGUUCAGAGCUUCAUUUAGUUAAGCAGACAUAUAAUAAUCUCAGUCUGUACUCUGCCUCAGUGUAGCAGCAUUUCUUUUCUUGAGUAAACCUGAAAAAGUUCCAAGGGAACUUGACAUUGCUCAUAUCUUAGUUGUGAAUAAGGUUCAACCUAAACGGUACGGAAAGUAUGGGCCGUAAAAUAUCUAGCAGCUUUUAAUCUGAGUGUAUUUUCUGUCGACUUGAUAAAAAAAUUGCCUGUCUCUUGAUAGAGCACGAGAGAAAUAGUACAUUGCCUGUCGAGCACGAAAGAAAUAGUACAAGUCUGAUGAUAAACAGAAGAUACGACAUUAGAAUUUAGAUUUUGAAGCUUGAUGUUUUAAAUUUUAUCUGGAUGAUGUGAGGUGUGCGACAAAUGUCACUGUAGUGUAACAUGGAAUUGUACAUUGAACUAGACUUCACUGGACUAGACUGCACCAGUUGCCAACUCAUGAAUUGUUUAUAGAGAAUAAUCUCAAAAUGUUGUGUAGAUGCUUUGUUUUCUGAUAAUUAUUCAUGUUUGAGUUGCAAGUAACUACCACCAGUCACAAAAGUGACUCAGGGCCAAGUAUUAUUUUCUGAUAGUUAUUGAUGAAUCGGGCAGUUUGCUUGUAUAUAUCAGCUACAUGUAGUUUAGUGCAUGUUUCUGCUGUUGCCAUAUAAAGUUUAGCCAAGACUUUUUGUAGUCGCAAAUAUUCAUUGUGUAUGCACUCAGUGAGUGGCGGUGGUUACUUCCAUAUACUUUGUUUCCUUGUACAGUGUAUAGCCUGGCACCUCUGCCGAUAUAGCGGGCAGAUUACUGGGUGUCCUGCCCCUUUUGUAAAAAAAGAAUAAAAAUUUAUUCAGAAUGAAAAUCA